AUGGUAAUACAUAUGGACGAUAAUAUUCAUGCACCAACAGUGGCCUCCGGUCCUACAACGACCGGAGGGCCUGACCGCGACCCGGCGAAGCUCUCCAUGGUCGAAUUGAUGCAGGAAAAGGAACGUAUUGAAGAGGAACUUUCGGCGUUAAGCAGUAUCCUUACGUCUGUGAGUAAUCAGAUGGCUCCUACCCUCGAGAAUAUAUCUAAUCAUUUGAAUCUUUUGCAGCACGGUGUUAACAUGAAUUCAUCGCUGACAACAUUCGACGACUUCCCACGAGCCGAUAUUGACGUUGCCCAGAGUAUUCACGAUCAUUUUGCGAAUCUUCAACGCGCGCAAGGUGAUACAUCUUCUGUCAGUAAUACAAAUGGGUCUAGUGGAACACAAUCCAAUUUGACUGGCAAUCCUUCGUCGGAUGCCGCGAUGCUUGGGCCACCAUUCGCAAGAGUAAACAGUGUCGCAGCCGCAAGUCCUGCGGAUCGGGCUGGCCUGAAACCGGGAGACAAGAUACGCAGCUUUGGGACCAUUAAUUGGAUAAACCAUGAGCGUCUCUCCAAGGUGGCUGAAUCGGUCCAACAAAACGAAGGGCGUACUUUGAUCGUCAAAGUUCUCAGGCAAGAUGGGGGCGAUGCCACAGAGCUGGACUUGGAGCUUGUGCCACGACGAGAUUGGGGUGGUCGUGGUUUAUUGGGCUGUCAUCUUGUUCCUUUGUGA